AUGCCCUUGGUAGACUUCAUAUCGUCCUUCUACAAAAAGCAUGAUACCUUGUACGACACCUUUGUAGGUGCGUGGCUCGAGUUGAGGGAGUGUAGAAACAUCAAAAACAGUCUUGCACAGCUCUACAAGUGCCUCAGGCAUGAGCAGAUAAGGCAGGCUGGCCACAGGUGUCUUGAGUACUUCAUAGACAACGAGAUUCCCGCCUUCGUGUACAAGCUGAGGGAGAUAGAGGAGAAGCAGGUGAUAAUGAACUUCCUGGUCAACCUCAUCUCCUGCCUUCCUCCAGAGUCCUUCCCAAGACUUGACAGCUUCUUUGAUUCCGUGUUCGCGUCCAGAAGCCCCGACGAGCUUGGAAUAGCAUUGGCAUACUCAGAAAGAACCAUUGUCCUCGGCUGCACCAUCAGAGGCGCCCUCGUAGACUACUCUCUCAGGUUCUUCUUCGAGGAGGGCCCAUCUGGCGAGUAUUCUCGAGCAUGCAUUGUGUAUCUCGUAUGCUCCCGAAAAGCUCUUGACCACCUCAAAUCCAUGCACUUUAUCCAGACUGUCAUAAGGCGAACCAACAGAAUGUACUUCGACCUGGAAAGAGGAAUGCCCCUCUACCUGUCUCUCCUACACUUCAUUUCGUACUAUGCAAGAAAAGAGACAGACCUGUAUAGGGUGCCCGAGGCUGCCUGCAGCAGUCUGGAGAUCCACACCCUGGACCCUAAGGCCCCGAGGCUCCAUCCAACGAGGAGUCCUUUGCUUCGGGCAAGAGAGGCCAAGGAUUCCACAGAGCUGCGCUCUGUUCUUGAUCUGCUUGAGUUCCCCCACACACAUCCUGUCGGAACGUACAUAAGGAUACUGGAGAACAUCGGGUCGUCCAACAUAAGGGCUUCGAUCAUCAACUCGGUGCUGGCAAGCAUAGAGAGCACCGAUGAUCCUGCGAGGUUCAUAAGAUUCUGUGUAGAGAGCCAUCCAGCACUUGUGGCACCGUAUCUUGUCAGGAACGGCGGAGAGGACUGGUCGCCCAUCCGCGUGCUUCGGACAAUCAUGGCGAUGAAGGGGAAGAAAUCCUCCAUCCAGGUUCCCUGUGUGUGCCAUACCGACCGGUACAGAACUUCGAUAGUCGGUUUUCUUGUCAAUAAUGGCGUCUGCGAUGACCUGGUGUUUCUGUUUAUCUGGGUUGUCUCCAAAGAGACAUUCUACACCCACUUCGGAAGGAUCCACGAGAUCUUCAAGGAGCACAAGACAUUCUGGGCAGACUUGUGGAGCCUGAUUCUCACCCGUUAA